UUCUCAGUGUAGAUGAACCCACAGACAUGCAAAAUGGUUCAGUUACUCAGUUGAAUAGCAUCAGACCUCCACGUUUCCAUGGGCCACCUCAACCCAUUGCUUCAGGUGCAGGCAAUGGUUUCACUACGAAUCCCUCUUUCUCUCAACUAAAUCAAAGCCAGAGUAGCAGCGGAACGAGUUCACCUAAUGUGGCUUAUCAAUACCCACGACCCAUGUUUCCACCUGGUCCCCCUAACUAUGACAGGAAUGUGGUUACUCCACCAAAUGGUGCAACCUCUCUCAGACCAGCGUCGCUUCCAACCAGCUUGAACACAUCUCCCUCAAGAACCCCAGUUGGGUUCGCUCAUUCAACCAGCAAUUUAAAUGGCCCCUCACCUCAAACCUUUCGACCACCAAUGAAUGGUCAGCACCGCAUGGCACCACCUCAAUUCGCAGCACGUCCUCCAACCAGCAAUGCUUCUAACAACCAAAUGGGUAUGCCACCUUCCUCCUUCCUUCUGGGCCACCCAGAUUUCGCCCACCACCACCAAUGAUGUUUAACCCUGGUGGACCUCCUGCACCUGGACUUAAUAAUGGGCCUCCUUUGAUGGGGGUACCUAGUACCCAGACCCCAGUAUCAGAUCCUCCUACACAACCCCCGCCAGUAAAUCCUCCUCCACCUCCACCAACAGGGGCUGGGAACUUUUCGCGAUUAGGACCAUCAGGUUUAAAGGCAAAACGACCUAUUCCAUCAUAUAACAUAAAUCAGCCUUCUGUAAGCCCAGUUCCUAAUAAUCUGCCUCCUAACGCAUUGCCUGUGUCCACUGCCCAACCAGCUGGUCCAUCACCACCUUCUAACAUGCCUCCUGGAGGGAUGCCACCACAACCAAACAUGGCACAAUAUCCUGGAAUGCCGCAUCAACCAAAUACGCCGCAAUAUCCGGGAGGGAUGCCACCACAACCAGGUAUGCCAUCACCACAACCUGGUAUGCCACCACAACCUGGUAUGCCACUUGAACCAGGUACUCCUAUGGUUGAUCCGGCCACUCAAAGAAUGAGGCAAAUGAGCCUAUCUGACAGGUCUUACAUUAAUUUAAUGGAACAUCGUUCUAUUUUUCCCAAGGAUGAGAAACUGACCUGUUUACCUCCGCUACCCCCUGAUUUACUAACCCAUAACAAAUAUCCGGAGCACUUCUGCUCCACACUAAACGUCGUGCCAUCAUCUUCUAGCAUUCUCAGCAAGUUAAAGGUGCCGUUUGGUUUAGUGAUCCAACCUUUUAAAGAUCUUGGCGAAGAAGUCCCUAUUGUAACACCACCUAUUCCUCGAUGUAAAGUAUGCAGAACUUAUGUUAACCCAUAUGUUCAGCUCAAUGAUGGGGCUAGGAGAUGGAAAUGUAACAUUUGUGCAAGAUUGAAUGACAUGCCAGCCGACUACUUCUAUGGUGAGGAUGGCAGGAGGGUCCCAUUUGAUGUCGCCAGCAGACCUGAACUCAACUGUUCUCUUGUUGAGUACAUAGCUCCAUCAGAGUACACGACUAGACCACCUCAAGGUGCUGUUUAUUUGUACUUAAUUGAUGUGUCAAUCGGUGCUGUUCAGUCUGGUAUGGUAAAGAUGGCUUGUAAAGUUUUAGGAGAAGAAAUUGAUUCAAUCCCAGGUGAUAGCAGGAGGAGUAUUGGUAUUAUCUGCUUCAGCUCUAAGUUACAUUAUUUCAACUUGCACAAGAACUCUGGCCAGCCUCAGAUGCUUGUUGUUCCAGAUCUGGACGAACCCUUUAUACCUACCAUUGAUGAGCUAAUAGUUAAUAUAAAAGAGGAAAAACAGAAAAUAAAAGAUCUGCUGGCAAUCAUCCCAACAGUAUUUGCUGAUUCAAAGGACCCAGACUGUGCUGUUGGACCUGUUCUAAAGGCAGCUAAGGAGCUGAUAUUCCGUUAUGGUGGCCGCCUUACCCUGCUAAUGUCUCGCUCACCUUCCAUCGGAGAGGGCACCGUUAAAAAGAGGGCAGAUACUUCCAAAUUAGAGGGACUUUCUCUUUCACCCUUGGAUGACUUUUAUAAAACCCUUGCUUUGGAGUGUACCCAAAAGCAGGUGACAGUCGAUUUGUUCCUGUUCCCUAAUGAUAACAUGGACGUUCCAACUGUUUCCACAAUCUCACAAUUCUCGUCCGGAUCUGUGUACUACUAUCCUCAAUACCACUAUGAAAAGAAUCCUCUUAUGGCUGAAAAGUUCGUGACCGAGUUUCGGCAUUAUGUGGUGCGUCCAAUAGCAUUUGAGGCUGUACUCAGGAUAAGAUGCACCUCGGGUGUCAACAUCCACUCAUUCUUUGGAAACUGCUUCGUACGGGCUCAUGAUCUGAUCGCUUUAGCAAAUGUGAGUCCAGAUGUGGCAUUUGGUGUUCAGAUCAGCAUUGACGAUAAUUUACAUGAAAGCAAGUUGGCAAUUUUCCAGUCUGCUCUCCUCUUUACCAGUGCCAAGGGUGACAGAAGGAUCAGGGUCCACACUUUAGCCCUCCCUAUUUCAAGUGAUCCUCAAACUAUCUACAAUAACCUCAACAUCGAUGCAUCCAUAUCUAUUCUCGCUAAAAUGGCUGUUGAGAAGUCUAACUCGGCUUCUCUAGGUGAUGCCAGGGAAGCAUUGCAGUACGCGGUUGUAGACCCCCUCAUUAAGUACAGAACAGACUACUGUCCUGCCGCUAAAGGAUCUGGUCAGUUGGCAGUUCCCGUAUCUCAGCGAUUACUUCCCCUCUAUAUUUCUAGUUUACUCAAAAGCAAAGCAUUCCGCUUGCAAAACGUUUCUGUUGAUGACAGGUAUUUUGCGAUGUUACAGUUCAAGACGCUUCCAAUUGAAGAGAUCAUGCUUAUGAUCUACCCUCGUCUGUUUUCGCUUCAUAACCUAGCAGAAACAUGGACUGAUAAGAACACUGUUCCACCUCGGCUACCGCUCACAGCAGAGAAACUCACUCGCCAAGGUGCUUUUCUUUUACAAACUCACGAACAUUUCAUCGUCUGGAUUGGCAGGCAUGUCAGUGAUAUUUUCGUCAACUCAAUUUAUAACGCAGCGAGUUACAAUGACCUGCCCGAACUCAAAGUGGGUAUCGAACAUCACGAUAACGCCAUUUCGGACCUGCUGCACGACUUGAUCAGCCUGUUGGCGAAGGUUCGGGAAGUUCCCACCACGAUAGUCUCUGUGAGGGAAGACACCCGAAGUGGGUCAAUGUUUUUACAACAUCUAGUCGAGGACAGAUCAGAUGGCCAGAUAUCUUAUUAUGAGUUUUUACAGAAAAUUCAACAGCAAGUUGGAUAGUACAGUUUGAUGAUUUUGUCGUAAUUUUAGAAGUAAAGUGACGGUUUAUAGACUCGAUCGAUUUGUUACCAUCUUCAGCUUCCAUGUGUGGACUGACUGACUCAGAAUGUUGGACUUUGAUUUAAAUUUAUUGAUUUUGGGUAAGAAUCCUCGUUUCCACCUGGCCUGAUGCUGGCAAUGUAUAGUAUAUUAAAUCAUUUGAACUAAGAACUGUACAAAAUGUAAAGAAAUAAACCAAUUUGUGAUCAAAGAGUUAUAUUUUUUAUUUGGGGUUUGACCACAUGUGAGGUGAUGCUACACGGAAGAAGUAUAAAUAUGUUAGCCAAUAGUUGACACAAGUUGAAAGAUGUUAGGUUUCCGCUUUGCCUGUUGUGAAAGGUGCACCUUUUGUUAAGUAGUUGUCAUGUUUUAUAUAUAGCGUCACAUGAUGAUUCUCUAGCGUAGGACCUACUACAUGAUAUAUAUAAGGUACAGUAAUAUUACGUGAGAUCAGUUUUUAGUUGAAGAUUAUUGAUAGUCGAGUAUGAAUUUGUCGAUUGUCAAAGCUAUAGAAAAUGUUUCGAUUUCUUGUUAAAUCUAUCAAAAUGUCACAUGUCUGCAGUUAAUGCGCAGGCCAAGAUGAUGAAAUUCAUAAUCAUUGACUUUGACUUUGUUAUAUUGCAAUAAUGGUACAGCUUGUUAAAAUCAAAUUAUUAAUAUAAGCUCUUUAAAGCUAUGGGGGUAAGUUAUUCUAUUUUUACUAUCUUUGCAAUCUCAUUUCACUCGUAAAACGUCACCUCAAAUUAUAGAUCUUGAUUGAUCUUUGUUAGUGUUUCUUGACACUUCAAGGUUUAUGGCCCCUAAUACUGCUCAUGCUAUUCGCUGUUUAACUUUUGCUGUAAUCUUCCUCAAAAUAAAUUGGUCAUCGGUGGUAUUAAUGAUUUGUUUUUUAAAAAUGCUAGGAAUUAAGAUAUUUUACCGGUAAAAUCUGCCAGUUCAUCUUUUUCUGCUCACUUUUCACGUCUAUUAAUGGAUAGAAUUUGUGUUAUUUUUUGUACCAAUUGUUGUGAUUCGAUUGAAACUCAGCAAAGUUUGAAAUAUGAUGUGUUUUAUUAGAGUUAUUCACUUUUAAAUGCCAAAUAUUGCCAUUCAGUACCAUCUAAAAUGUCCUCUCCUAGCGAUGAAUUGAAAAUUCGAUUAUUAACUUAACUAAAUGACUAUAUCAUGAGUUAUUUAAAUUAUGUAAUUAAAAUAAGUUAUUUAGAUAAAUAACAACACAAUCUGACCAGGAUGGGCAAGCCGAGUGGUUUAAAGACGGCUCGCAAGCUCCGUGUACACCGACGGGACCAGCGCUGGCACGAUCUGGGAUACAAGAAAGCUCAUCUGGGAACACGAUGGAAGGCUAACCCUUUCGGAGGAUCAUCUCACGCUAAAGGAAUUGUCCUGGAGAAAGUCGGAGUCGAAGCCAAACAGCCCAACUCAGCCAUCCGAAAAUGUGUCAGAGUACAGCUGAUUAAAAACGGGAAGAAAAUCACAGCUUUCGUCCCCAACGAUGGUUGUUUGAACUAUAUUGAGGAGAAUGACGAGGUUCUCAUUUCCGGGUUCGGACGAUCUGGUCAUGCCGUGGGUGAUAUUCCCGGUGUGAGAUUUAAGGUGGUUAAAGUUGCCAGUGUGUCGCUCUUAGCCCUUUAUAAGCAGAAGAAAGAAAGGCCAAGGGCUUAAUUUUAUUAUUUAUGUGAAUUGUUUUUAUUUAUUCAUAUA